AUGCUGCCGACAGCAUCUUUACAUAGCAACAAACAAUAUUUCGGCAUUGACAGCGUGCAAGACUCAAUCAGAAGAUCGCUUAACAAGGACGUAAAGAUCGAGCCAACAGCCGCAUUCUUUGCACGUAUCGCUGGUGCAUCAGAGAAGGACAUCGUACACUCGGGUCUUGAAUACAGUAUGCAGAAAGCUGCUGAACAAAUCAUUCGUACGGCACACAAAUACGAUCUCGGCUUGGACAUCCGUACGGCAGCAUACGCGAACGCCAUUGAGAAGGUCUACAACACCUACAAGACACUCGGAUUCACGUUCACAUAA